AGUCAUGAUCCGUCGCCUCAGUUUUGAUGCGAAGUUGGGAGGAUCCGAGAGGAAGAUCUGGGAGUGACCACUUGAGAAGCACCUCUUGACUUCAGUACAGGAGAUCGGGGCUUUAGGGUCAUGGCAGGAAGAGGCGGAGUAACGAGACCAAACGGGCCAAACGCCAGCAACAAGAUCUGUCAGUUUAAACUGGUGUUGCUGGGAGAGUCCGCUGUGGGAAAGUCAAGUUUAGUGCUGCGCUUUGUAAAGGGACAGUUUCACGAGUUUCAGGAAAGCACAAUAGGAGCUGCCUUCUUGACUCAGACAGUAUGUUUGGAUGAUACAACAGUGAAGUUUGAAAUCUGGGAUACAGCUGGCCAAGAGCGCUACCACAGUUUAGCCCCCAUGUACUACAGAGGAGCACAGGCAGCCAUAGUGGUGUAUGACAUCACAAAUGAAGAAUCAUUUGAACGUGCGAAAAACUGGGUGAAAGAACUUCAAAGGCAAGCCAGUCCAAAUAUUGUAAUAGCUUUGGCUGGAAACAAGGCAGAUCUUGCCAACAAGAGAGCGUUGGACUUUCAGGAUGCGCAGUCAUAUGCAGACGACAACAGUUUGCUUUUUAUGGAAACAUCUGCGAAGACUUCAAUGAACGUGAAUGAGAUUUUUAUGGCCAUUGCAAAGAAACUGCCCAAGAACGAGCCCCAGCCCGCCGGUGCUAACACAGGACGCAACCGAGGUGUGGAUCUAACAGAAACAGCACAGCCCACGAAAGGCCGCUGCUGUAGCAACUGAUCAGCGACACGCCUCACCUCCCAACCGCACCACAUCUGGACAUGGGGCUCCUCCUUCCAAACCUCGCUACUUGGAUUAGCUAAAGACUCUGUAUAGCUGUGUUUCUAAUACUUUUUUACUCUUUAUUUUUAAGAAAAUAUGUAAAUUUAGCCGUCUACUGGAUGCAUGUAUCACUACAAAAGCUAAUACACAUUUUUAACUCUACUUAGCAGGAGAACAAACCCCUUUGAAAAAGAGAGAGAGAGUGAAAUAUGGAGUGUGUUUGUAUGUGUUUAGUAUGAGGAAUUGGUCACCCUAUGACCAGACCCAGACGGAAUCGUAUUUUCCGUGCUGAUUUGGAGAAAAACAUGGAGCAGUGACCUGUCAUUGGUAGCUGAAAGCACUAUCAUACAAACCAAAAUAUAAAAUAUAAACAAGGGGUGGGCAAUACGUAGAAUUUUGUUAAUGACAAAAUCCGCAAAUCUUUCUACGCGUGCUGCUGCCGCCGUGUGGGCCUGCAAAUGAACUGGGUGGGUCUAACUGAAUCAGAUAGAGAAAGUUAAGAAAGUUUUAAAAUGUCUGCUGCUUUUUUCUGAAGAAAAAAGUUCAUAAUAAACCAGAUCCCCCUCCUGCUUUUUCAGAAUCUGACCCAUGUUGUGGAUUCAGUAUCGUCUCGUUCUAGUAAAGCAUUCCACAAUGCACCUGCUGUCCUUGAUAUAACCUGCCUUACCACUGUUUGGUGUUGGUACCAACUUCCGUAUUUACAAAACAGGCCAUGAAGUUCAGAUCUUCAGAUGAGAUUCUGAUAAACAUUGGACCUGGCGACUUCAGGUGCAUCCAUCACAUUGCUUGCAAAGUCGUCCAGCUCUUCGGGAAGGCGGGAUCUGAUCUCUGGGCUUUGGGAAAUAUCAAAAUACGACGUGAAACAUGUUCAACCUGCUGUAUGAAUUAUUAUUAUUAUUAUUAUUAUUAAUUUAGACUGUGUUCCAUCUCUGUGUUUUGCUUUUACAGUUAUUGUUGCAUUAAACAAGCAAUGAUCAGGCCCAUCUGCUAGCAUUUUCUACAAUGAUUUUGAGGGCAUAAAAUAUUGAUUUAAACAUGGUAACAUGUGUUUAAUGCAGCUGAGAGCACUACACUCUUAUUGGUAGCUGUGAGCAUGAUAAAUUAGCCCAAAUAUUUAGUCAACAUGAAAUGUAAAUUGAACCUAUUUACUUUAAUGCAUAUUACUGUUCUUAUUGUGCACAUUUUAUUGGUGCACGUGUUAGUCUUUGUAAUCUUUUAUCGAAAUGCCUCUGAAACUACUUUCCUGUUCAUCCGAUGUCACCAAGACCUCUUACUUUUUAUACCCCUUUCGUUUAAAUGCUACUUUUCACCAUUUAAUCAAUUCCAGAUGGUAAAAGUGCAUUCACUCACAAAUGCAUCAGAUUUAGGAGGCAAAAGGAGUUAUUUCCUGUUUCCUCUGAUAAACAAGCAAUGGGGGGAUGUUUCGAUUUCUGUGAAUGUUAAACGUUCAAUUUUGACUUGAAAUCUACAGAGCUUUGUGUGGGCGCAAAUUCCGUGUGGGCCUGGAAAUGGUUACAUAGAGGACAGAAAAGACAAACAUUUUAGAGGAUGUUCCCCUAGCUAUCUUACUGGAAGUCAGUUGUGUCACUAUCUGCUAGUCGGUGAUGCUCUGCUGUUUUGUUUUCUUAAAUGUACUCUGAGGACCGAGGCACGUGUUUGCAGGCAAAUUGAAAUGGCACGUGUUUAUGUGCCGUCUUACAACAAGACGAAACAAAGCCUUUCAAAAUAAAAGACUUGUCUUUGGGGGAACGGUUGAAAAGAUGUUUUCUCUGAUGACCCAAAGACAUUUAAAGCUGAAGUGUGUAAUUGCCAACGAACGGAAUUGCAAAAAUAAUGUUUUCAAAAUGGCUUUCUGAAUAAACACCUCUCCUGCAGUUGUACAAACAGUCAGAUAGCCCCGCCCCCAACUCACGCCAUUGGUUGAGGAAUGUUGAUUGGGCGGGUCUCUCAAAACAAACAGGAAUUUUUAUAGCACCACAGAGACAGUGUACCGAUGAUUGGCUUACUUAUAGUUAUAUUUUAACACCGAAAAAUAUACAUCAGCUUUCAAAUUAUUGGUGGGCAAAAAGACAUUUAUUAUUACAAAACAUUUACUAAAAACAUCUGUGUAUCGAAGCUCUUGCCAUGACGGACAGUAAUUUGCACACUGUACAGCUUUCCAUCUUAUUUGAAGCAUCUUUUCACAGAGAAUCAUGUUUAAAUGGUGGACUUUUUAAUGUAUGUAUUGUUAUUAACUAAUGAACUUGACAUGUAUUCAGUGGUCUGUCUUGUACCCUCUUUCAAAUUGCUUACUGUUUUUAUUACUAAGAACCUAUUGACAUGCACAAUUUUAAGUUGUGCUUUUUUAUUAUUAUGGUGGCUCUCUGUUGUAUGCAAAAUGAUUUCAUCAUUAUGGGAUACAGCAGACUCUAACAACACCUGAAGUACUAUGGGUAGCUGAGGAAAAGGCAGGCGUUCUGCAAAGCAAAUGAUUGAUUUUUAAUGUCCACGUACUAGUAUAUUUCCAAUAAAGGGGGUGAAUUCAAUACAUAACAUGCUGUCAAGAUUUGAUUCAGGUUGUUUAAAUACCUGUUUGAGAGAUCCAUUUGGUAUACACGCUAAAAGUGUAUAUUUUUGGCACAAACAAGUACUGAGUAGGCCUGUUCGAUUGCAGAACUUUUGUCAUUUCGAUUCAGAAAAAAGAAACCGGAGGUGACGUUACAUCUCUUAAUAAACAUCGCAAAAUAAGCGUUCUUUGCGCAAUUUAUGAUCACAUGAAUGGCAAAAGAUCUUUACAUUUUCUAUUAAAUAGACCUAUAGAUGAAAUUGCCUGUUACCACUUAUUAGUUGUUCUUGUUUUGAAUGAGGUUUAUUGCCCACUUUAUAUUUUGU